AUGGCUGUCAACCUGUCUCAAUGUAACACUAUUCCAUAUCGUGCUCCUCGCCAAAAACCAAAAGGCGUCCAAAAAGCCCGCAGAAAACACGCCACGAUCCCAGAUUUCAAUCCAGAUAAUUCAGACUCUCCGUUUAUCAAAAGUUUCUUCUCUCUCCCAUCCGAAAUACGAAACCAUGUAUACCGCAUGCUCCUCGUCCAGCCAUGCAAGUUCGACAUGCGACACAACCUGGGCUAUUGCCAGAAAUUUACCUUCCAUCAUCCAGGACCGGCCUUGACAUAUGAGAGCACCAAAGGUACAACAUGCGCAGAAUGCGAGGUAAAUAACUGGCUUUACCCAACCGGUAUCUAUCCUAAGCCUUUUGUCUCGCCGGCUCGUAGCAAAUGGGCCCCUCCAAUGAAAAACGAGUUCUUCUGUGACAAUUGCUAUUGGCACAAGAUUCGAAGCAAGGAAGAAAAGCCCGGUCCAAGUCUAUACACCCUGCCGUGCCUGUGCACGCGACGAAGCCUGGAUAUCAUGGUGGUCAACAAACGGUUCUAUGAUGAAACAGCCUGGCUCUUCUGGAGCGAAAACCACUUUGCCUUUGAAAAUUAUCAGCUGCUACAGGGCUUUCUAUCUGGCAUUCGUCCGGAGGUCAGAUCUUGGAUUCGAUAUAUCACGCUCGUGACAGACAAUGCAGACAAAGACGGCGAAUUGAUCAGUUGGAGACCGUUGCGUCCUUGUUGGGAACUCCUCCAACAGUGUGACGGACUGACGGCGUUGAACCUCGACGCGGUGGUUCUCGCAAACAUCCACGCUAUAAUGAGUGUGCUACACCUCAAAGCCAAGAAAGUCUCUUUUAUAUCUCUGCCAGGUGCGGCUGAGACUAAAUAUGAAUUCCACGGUGCAUUUCCCUGGCAGGCUGAACGCAUGCGAAAAGUCGUCCGCAACCCGUUGGCAGAUCUGCUCGCAUCGACCAUUGUGUCGCAAAAGCUGCCCAAGUCAGAGCUACUGCGGCAGAAUUUUGCACAGUUUAGAGAAAGCCAAAGGAUGAAUGACGAUGAAUCUGAUUGGUAG